GUAAACUCCCCCGGUUUCUCCCUCGCGCACCUUCUCCCUGCUGUGUUUUUGCCUUCAGCAGCGUGACGCGUGACAUCACUGAAGAAGAAAGCAGGAGAAUGGUUUUGCCGCUGUUUAAGUCGAUUUGGGGAUCGAGAAAUGGACUUAUCCUGUUCUGCGCUCCGUUUCUUCUCCUGCCCCUGCCCCUGGUGGUUGGAACACCGACAGCUAGAUGUGCCUAUGUUAUUGGGUUGAUGGCGGUGUACUGGUGUACCGAGGUGCUGCCUUUGGCCGUUACCGCUCUCUUACCGGUUGUACUUUUCCCUCUGUUUGGCAUCAUGGACUCUAAAGACGUGUGCAUGCAGUACCUGAAGGACACAAACAUGCUGUUUUUAGGCGGCCUGAUGGUAGCCGUCGCUGUAGAGGAUUGGAAUUUGCACAAACGCAUCGCACUGCGAGUUCUGAUCAUCGUCGGGGUGCGGCCUGCCCUGCUGAUGUUAGGUUUUAUGGGCGUGACGGCAUUCCUCUCCAUGUGGAUCAGUAACACUGCCACUACAGCCAUGAUGGUGCCCAUAGUGCAGGCAGUGCUGGAGCAGCUCCACAGCACAGCGGGAGAAGAGGAAGCUGGAGCUCCUUCCGAACAGGAAGAUAAACUGCCUGAGAAACAGGCUGAUGGCCAGGUGCUGGUGAAUGGCCUCAGCUUGUCUACAGAGAACCCAGUGGAAGAGUGGAAGGAAACCAAGGAGAUGCUGAGGAUGUGUAAGGGCAUGAUGCUGUGCGUGUGUUACGCUGCUAGCAUUGGUGGAACCGCCACACUCACAGGCACCGGGCCCAAUCUCGUCCUUACAGGACAAAUGAGCCAGCUCUUCCCAGAGAACCCAGAUGUUGUGAACUUUGCCUCCUGGUUUGGGUUUGCCUUCCCUAACAUGCUUGUUAUGCUCUUGGCAGCCUGGCUGUGGUUGCAGUUUGUGUUCCUGGGCUUCAAUCUCAAAAAAACAUGGGGCUGUGGCACAGUGAAGACAGAGAAAGAGAUUGCUGCGUAUAAUGUGAUCUGUGAGGAGCAUCGUAGCCUUGGACCCAUGUCCUUCGGGGAAAUAAGCGUUUUAACGCUCUUCUGUCUGCUAGUGGUUCUGUGGUUCACACGUGAACCGGGCUUUGUGGACGGCUGGGCAACGCACCUUUUCAACAACGACAAAGAGUACGUGACAGAUGCCACAGUGGCAAUUUUUGUAGCCUCUCUUCUCUUUGUGCUUCCUGCUAAGCCCCCCUGCCUGUGCAGCUGGAGGUCACAGAGCUUCGACACAGUGUCCCAGUCCAACACUGAACCUCGAACGGCUUUGCUGACCUGGCCGGUGGUGCAGAAGAAGAUGCCGUGGAGCAUUGUACUGCUGCUGGGAGGAGGUUUUGCCCUGGCUAAGGGCAGUGAGGAUUCAGGUUUAUCCGGAUGGCUUGGGGAACAGAUGACUCCACUCCAGACCAUUCCUCCAUGGGCUAUUGCUAUUAUCGUAUGCCUGAUGAUAGCAACCUUCACCGAAUGCACCAGCAACGUGGCCACGGCCACCCUGUUUCUGCCGAUCCUUGCCUCUAUGUCUCAAUCAAUAGGCAUGAACCCGCUGUAUGUCAUGAUUCCCUGCACCCUCAGUGCCUCCUUCGCCUUCAUGCUUCCAGUAGCAACUCCUCCGAAUGCCAUCGUUUUCUCUUUCGGUUAUCUGAAAGUGUCAGACAUGGCCAAAACAGGGAUCUUCAUGAACAUCAUUGGGAUCCUGUGCAUCACGCUGGCAAUCAACAGUUGGGGAAGAGUCUUGUUCAAUUUAGACUCGUUUCCCAGUUGGGCAAACAGCACAGGAGUCUGAAGGAAUGGACUCCAUCGUGCAGGCUAAACAUAUCACGUGUAGCAUCCUCAGCGUCUUCUGUGAUACUUUGUGCUGGAAGAUGGGGGUGACGGCAAUACCACAGCAGUUACGGGUUCUUCCGAUGCCUCGGGCACUUAUACUGUGACAGUGUGACACGAAGUUUGUCAAAACUACUGUAAUAUACAAAUCAGUGUAUACAGCACACAGACGUGACAGUAAAUACAUGUAGAUUUUGUUUAUUUUAUAAAUAUUAUGAAGGACAGUGAUAGACGCCUAUAAUCAUAUUUGUCUAAGAUUUCUAAAAGUGAUUUUAUUUAUCUCUAUACAUGUAAAGGGUAUUAUAUGCAUGACUCUUGCUUAAUUUAAUUUAGUUCAUUCAAAAUAAAUCAGUUUAGUUGGGUCAACAAAAUUUGGUUGGUUAAGGUGAAAUUAAUUUACUCUAGUAUGUUUAAUUCAUUUGAUUACAUUUGUCAAAGUAAAUUUUCUUAUGUUGGUCCAAGUUUAAUUUUUUUUUUUUUAUUAGUUGAAUGAGGUUUAAUUAUUUUUCUUGUGUUUAAACAAGCAGUUUCAUUCAUCAUUAUACGCAAUGUAUAUUAUGAACAGAUAAGAAAAGACUGGGGUCCGUACUGACAUUAGUAUAAAUCACUGAGUGCUCACAGCCUAAGCGCAGGCGCCGCUCUUCAGCACAACGAUAACCACAAAAUUCAAAACCAUUACAGAAACUCCUUCAAAUGUCCAACAUGACUGAACAUUACACACUAACACGUCUUUCCCUUUACUGAAAAACACAUUAAAUAUCACUUAAUCCCUAAAUUUACUCUCCUAAUCUAAUAUAUCACGUGGAUUGAACACAAUGAAGUUAAGUUGUGACAAAAUGUUAAAAAAUCGUGUCACUUUAGCUCACUCUAAUCAAUUAAACUGAACAAGAGGCGAAAAACAAACAAAAAAAAAUCGUUUUUUGAGUGUACCACCUUUUGAGAUCACCUUUAAACUCAUCAUUAAACGCUGCACAAAAUCGCAUCUUAGCAAGUGAAUAUAGUCAAAUUUAUCGAGUACUUCCUAUUAUAAGAUUACAUUUAACCCAAUAUAUCAUUAUUAAACCUAUUUCUAGACAUCACUUAUGAAUUUCAAGAUUUACAUACAUAGACUUGUUCUAUUGGCAGAUUUUAAGCAUUUGCUUCUAGAAAGAAGCAAAAUUAUCUGCCAGUAGAAUAAGAAAUGUGUAAAAGCAUCUAAAAACAGGUUGAUUAAGUUUAUAUUUGAUUAAUAGUAAUAAUAAUAAUAAUAAUAAUGGGCACGGUGGCUUAGUGGUUAGCACGUUUGCCUCACCUCCAGGGUUGGGGGUUCGAUUGCCUCCUAGUAUUCCGGUUUCCUCCCUAGUCCAAAGACAUCCAUUGUAGGCUGAUUGGCAUUUCCAAAUUGUCCAUAGUCUGUGAAUGGGUGUGUGAAUGUGCCCUGAGAUGGGUUGACACCCUGUCCUGGGUGUCCCCGCCUCAUGCCCAGAGUGCCCUGGGAUAGGCUCUAGGCUCCCGACGACCCUCUGUAGGAUAAAUGGUACAGAAAAUGGAUGGAUAAUAAUAAUAAUAAUAAUAAUAAUAAUAAUAAUAAUAGAUAGAUAGAUAGAUAGAUAGAGUUGUCCAUAUUCAAGAUAUUUUCACUCACUAAGACAUAAUUUUUUUGUAGUUAAGCAGUAUUUGUUCAUGUAUAGUACAUGUGUAGUGAUUUUUUUUUUUUUAAUGAUAGUGGUGGCACUUGUGUGUGGCAGUGAAUGAGUUUGUGUGUGUACCACUAUGUUCUUGUUUCUUUUUUUGUUCAUGCAAGCACUUAUAGUGACUCACAGAGCCAGUAUAGUCACAAACUGUAUAUAAAAAUGGUUCAUACUGUAUGACAUAGCCUAAUCAAUUUAUAAAGCAGAAUGUUUCUAUAUAUUGUAUAUCCUAUUUUAAUAAAAACAUCACCAUUAUAUAAAUUAUAA